AUGGCGGACGCAUUAAAAGCUGCUGGCAAUAAAGCCAUUGCAGAGAAGAAUUUCGACGAGGCUGUCGAAAAAUUCACCGAAGCUAUUGCUAUCGAACCAGAAAACCACAUCCUAUACUCCAAUAGAUCGGCUGCAUAUGCUUCAAAACGAGACUUUGAAAACUCCUUGAAGGAUGCUGAAAAGUGUACGAGUAUUAAGCCUGACUGGGCCAAGGGAUGGGGCAGAGUUGGUACUGCUAAGCAAAGUUUGGGAGAUCUUUUGGGAGCGCAUGAUGCUUACGAAGAGGCUUUGAAGCUUGAUGCAAAUUAUGCGGUUGCUACCAAGGGUUUGGCACAAGUCAAGAAAUCCAUCGAUGCAGAGGCUAAAGCAGAUGGUGUAAAGGGUGAUCCAACAGAAGGACUAGGAAAUAUGUUCAGUGAUCCUCAACUCAUCAAUAAAUUAGCAGCGAACUCAAAGACCGCCCAAUUCCUUUCAGACCCAACCUUCAUGUCAAAACUUCAACAAAUCAAGUCCAACCCAGGCAAUACUCAAGAACUUUUCUCAGAUCCACGUAUGAUUCAAGUCUUGGGUGUCCUGAUGGGUGUCGACAUGUCUUUCGCCGAUUCGGGUGCUUUUGGUGGCGCUCCAGGUGCUGAGGGUGCUUCCGCGCCUAAGGAGGCUGAGGAAGAUAUCGCAAUGCCAGAUGUACGUCCAAGCUCGCAAGAACCACAAGCCAAGAAAGCCAAGACCGAGCCAGAACCGGAGCCAGAGGAUGAGGAGGCUGCCGAAAAGAAGAAGGCAAAGGCCGAGGCCGACGAGGAAAAGAGACUUGGUACCGAACAGUACAAGAAGAAAAACUUUGAUGAGGCGAUUGCACAUUACAGCAAGGCUUGGGAAAUCUACAAGGAUAUCACAUAUCUUAACAACCUUGGUGCUGCAUAUUUCGAAAAGGGAGAGUAUGAAGAGGCCAUUAAAGCAUGUGAGAAGGCUGUUGAAGAGGGACGAGAAAUUUACGCCGAUUUCAAGAUGAUCGCUAAAUCAUACGCCCGUAUCGGAACUUCUUAUGAGAAGAUUGGAGAUCUGUCAAAAGCCAUUGAGAACUACAACAAGUCGCUCACCGAACAUCGUACCCCUGACGUCGUCAACAAGCUCCGUGCCGCAGAGAAGAACAAGAUUGAUAGUGCCAGAAAGGCUUACAUCGAUCCAGCAAAGGCUGAAGAGGCUCGUGAACUCGGAAACCAAAAGUUCAAGGAGUCAGAUUGGCCUGGAGCAGUCGAGGCUUAUAGUGAGAUGAUUAAGCGUGCUCCCGAGGAUCCAAGAGGUUACAGUAACCGUGCAGCUUCUUUCAUCAAGCUUCUUGAAUUCCCUUCUGCUUUGGAAGAUUGCGACAAGGCAAUCUCCAAGGAUUCUAAGUUUGUCAGAGCAUACAUCCGAAAAGCACAAGCAUACUUUGGCAUGAGAGAUUACUCCAAAUCUCUUGAUGCUUGUAACGAAGCUAGCGAGGCUGAUGUUUCAAAGGCCAAUGCUAGAGAAAUUGAGCAGCAACAGCAGAAGGCUGUUACUGCCAUGUACAGUGCCAGAGAGAAUGAGACUGAGGAACAGACUAAGGAGAGACUUUCAAGAGACCCUGAGAUCCAAAGAAUCAUGGGUGAUCCAGUCAUGCAAAGCAUUCUCCAACAAGCUCAAAACGACCCCGCCGCUCUUCAAGAACACAUGAAGAAUCCACAAAUCAGAUCCAAGAUCCAACAACUCAUCGCUGCCGGUGUCAUUCGUGUAGGAAGAUGA